CUUGUGGCUGCAUAGGAAGUGUGCAUCACUGGUGCACUUUCUGUCCGUGCAGAUUUGAAGGUAGCACCGUUCACAGGAAGUGGGCUGUCAUUCUGGCUGUGUCCUUGUUAGCUAACGAGAUAGUUAGGUGCCAUAACAGGCAAGCAAAUGUGUACCUUUUGGAAAGAUGAAUUAAACCGUGCCUAAAGAGUCAAUUUGAAAGAGAUUUGCGUUUACCCGCUGCUGAUAACAGCAUGUUGCGUGUCGGGAGUAAAGCUGCCUGCAUGGCCUGCAGGAACCUGGUCUCCACCAACAUGGGGGUGAGAUUUCGGGUACCGCUGCAGAAGCUGCACCCUCUGUCCCGUGCCAUCCACCACCGCUACUCGGGGAACGCCAACCCUCAGCGCCCCCCUCAUCGCACGGCAGCUCGCUAUUUCACCUCCAUGUCACGGUUGCCCAUGCGGCCUCCCAAGCCUCCCCCAGGGUCAGGGGGCCGUAGCCACCAGCAGCAGCGCAACUUCUGGGUGGCCCGGCUCGCUGCUCGGCUGCUAAAGCUCCGAUACAUUCUGCUGGGCUCGGCAGUGGGAGGGGGGUACACCGCUAAAAAGACCUAUGAAGAAUGGAAGGACAUGCUACCUGAUUUUAGUGAAUACAACUGGGUCAUUCCUGAUUUUGUCUGGGAACUGAGUGAACAAAUUGAUCUUGAUAAACUGGCCAAAGCUCUACCAGAGAUGGAGGAAAUAGCCAAACUACUACCUGACCUAGACAAGAUAGGAGAGAACUUCACUUUCCUCAAAAGCCUCCUGUCCUCCGGUGUGAGUUUGGGUAGUGAAGUCAAAGGAGCUUCUGAUCUGCAUCUGUUGUUAGAAACCUCAGGCGAUCCUCCACUAAAAGCCACAGAUUCUUCUGCUGCGGCCACGCAAGAUGGCAGUGACAAGCAAUACAAAAAGGGUCUGCUUGGCGAGCUCAUUCUUAUUCAGCAGCAGAUCCAGCGGCACGAGGAGGAGGUCCGGCGGGCCGCAGCAGCCAAUAGUGCGCGUCCCCCACCGCCAGAGCCUGCUCCCAGUCCGCCUCCGAACCCCAGCCCCCCUCAACAGAAACGCAAGUCAUCAGACAAAGAAAAGUUAGACCAGCUUCAAGAAGAACUGCUCCGUACGCAGCUAAAAUAUCAGCGCAUGCUGGAGAGACUGGAGAAGGAGAAUAAAGAGCUACGGAAAGUGGUGCUGCAAAAAGAUGAUAAGGGGAUUCACCAAAGGAAAGUGAAGAAAUCCCUUAUUGACUUGUAUUCUGAAGUCCUGGACAUCUUGUCGGACUAUGAUGCCAACUACAACACCCAGGACCACUUACCCAGGGUGGUUGUGGUUGGCGAUCAGAGUGCUGGGAAGACAAGUGUGCUGGAGAUGAUAGCCCAGGCCAGGAUCUUCCCCAGGGGCUCAGGAGAGAUGAUGACCCGCUCUCCUGUCAAGGUAACACUAAGCGAAGGCCCCCACCAUGUGGCCAUGUUUAAGGACAGUGGCCGUGAGUUUGACCUCACCAAGGAGGAAGAUCUGGCUGCUCUGAGGCAUGAGAUUGAGCUGAGGAUGAGGAAGAGUGUGAAGGAGGGUCAGACAGUCAGCUCUGAGACGAUAUCCUUGAGCGUCAAAGGCCCCGGCAUCCAGAGGAUGGUCCUUGUUGACUUACCAGGUGUCAUCAGUACGGUGACUGCAGGCAUGGCAUCAGAUACUAAGGAAACCAUCUUCAGCAUCAGCAAAGCCUACAUGCAAAAUCCCAAUGCAAUCAUCCUCUGUAUUCAGGAUGGCAGUGUGGAUGCAGAACGGAGCAUUGUAACAGACUUGGUUAGCCAGAUGGACCCCCAGGGGAAGAGGACCAUCUUUGUCCUGACCAAGGUGGACUUGGCUGAGAAGAACCUGGCCAGCCCGAGCAGAAUCCAGCAAAUAGUGGAAGGCAAGCUGUUUCCCAUGAAGGCCCUGGGUUACUUUGCUGUGGUGACAGGAAAAGGAAGCACUGGUGAAAGCAUAGACUCCAUUAAAGACUAUGAGGAAGACUUCUUCCAGAACUCCAGAUUACUGAGGGACGGCAUGCUGAAGGCCCACCAGGUGACCACAAAAAACUUGAGUCUGGCCGUCUCCGACUGCUUCUGGAAGAUGGUUAGGGAGUCGGUUGAGCAGCAGGCUGAUGUCUUCAAAGCAUCUCGCUUCAACCUGGAGACAGAAUGGAAGAACAACUACCCUCGUCUGAGAGAGCUGGACAGGAAUGAACUCUUUGAAAAGGCCAAAAAUGAAAUCUUGGAUGAAGUCAUUAGUUUGAGUCAAGUGACCCCACAACACUGGGAGGCCAUCUUGCAGAAGAAGCUGUGGGAACGUGUUUCUACCCAUGUGAUUGAGAACAUCUACCUGCCUGCUGCCCAAACAAUGGACUCGGGUACCUUUAACACCACCGUAGACAUCAAGCUCAAGCAGUGGACCGACAAGCAGCUUCCACACAAAGCACUGGAGGUUGCCUGGGAGACACUGCAGGAAGAGUUUGCCCGCUUCAUGGCUGAAUACAAAGGCAAAGACCAGGAUGACAUUUUUGACAAGUUGAAGGAGGCUGUGAAGGAUGAGAGCAUCAAGAGGCACAAGUGGAAUGAGAGGGCCAUGGACAGCCUGAGGGUGAUCCAGCACAAUGCCUUAGAAGACCGUUCCAUCACAGACAAGCCCCAAUGGGAUGCAGCCAUCCAGUUCAUGGAGGAAACCCUGCAGUCACGCCUCAAAGACACUGAGUCAGUAAUCAGAGAUAUGGUGGGUCCAGACUGGAAGCAGAGGUGGCUGAACUGGACGAAUCGCACACCAGAUCAGCACAUUCGUAAUGAAACAAAAAAUGAGCUGGAGCGCUUGCUGAAGCUACACGAUGACCACACAGCCUACUUGGCCAAUGACGAGGUCACCACAGUCAGGAAGAAUCUGGAGGGACGAGGGGUUGAAGUUGACCCUGUGCUGAUCAAGGACACGUGGCAUCAGCUGUAUCGCAGACACUUCUUGCAGAAUGCGCUGGGCCACUGUAACCUCUGCAAGAGAGGUUUCUACUACUACCAGAGACACUUUGUUGACUCAGAGUUGGAGUGCAAUGAUGUGGUACUGUUCUGGAGAAUCCAGAGGAUGCUGGUCAUCACAGCCAACACUCUCCGACAGCAGCUCACCAACACUGAGGUGCGUCGGUUGGAGAAAAACGUGAAAGAGGUGCUGGAUGACUUCGGGGAAGACAUGGAGAGGAAGACUCAGCUCAUCACAGGCCGCCGAGUCCAGCUGGCCGAGGAUCUCAAGAAAGUUCGUGAGAUCCAGGAGAAACUUGAAGCCUUCAUAGAAUCUCUUCACAAGGAAAAAUAAGAGAACCAGAACUAUUGAAAGUAAAUUUAUGGAUCGCAACAGAGAAAAUGCACUGAACAAAUACAACUAAACCUGUAAAUGACCAUCAUCACCCCCUGGCCCUGCACCACCACUCACCUGAUUUUAAUACCCACUGCUUGGCUUCCUGUCCCCCUUUGAUGCUGAUGAAAAGAUGGACCUAAACAGAAGGAUAAGAUGGAGGAACAGUUUUCAAGCUUUCUCUUUGAUUUUUCCCUAGGGUUUCUUUUUUCUUGCAAACUGUCCUGGGUAAACAGGGGGACUUCUGCACAGGAGCCCAAACACAGUCAGAUCAGGAGGAGAAUGAGAAGCUUGCACAGUGUUGUCAGAUAUCUGACCACUCAUUUUCAAUAAAUGAGGAUUGUGUACAUGUUUAUCUCCCCUAUUUUUUUUUCAGCUAAUGGGGUGUCUGUGUGUAUUAUAAGAGUGUGUGUCUUCACUCAUUUCUGUACAAAGAGACACCUUUGGCGCUGUUCCUGAUGGGUGAAAUAGCCUUGAAUUAAUUAAUACCUUUAUCUCGCCUGGUGCUCCUAAAAUACGCCAUGAUAACUACCUGGUACACAAGAAUUUGCCUCUAUUUAACAUUUGCCAGUUAUUUUAAGUUACACUUAGGAUCCAAAGCACUUAACUUAACCCUCCAAGCUGCAGCUGUACUCUACAUUUACUCUCCAUGUACCCCUGAAUGAGACAGUGUUCUCAUCUUAAAUCUAUAAGAAUAGAAAGUAACUACCUGGUUCAAUAUUCAGCUUCCUUUCAAUGCUCUUCAUUGUAACACCACAACAACCAAUUGUUAACAGGAUACGAUCAGCUCUGAAGGUGUUGGAAACAAUAUUAUGUAUAGAUUUAUUUCUUAUUAUUUUGAUCUAAUGGGGUUUAUUUGACAAUGCUAUGUAUAUAUGUCUGCCAAAUGCACAUAACUUACCUUUUGUUUCUGUCUUUGUCGCUGUGUGUGUGUGUGUGUGUGUGUGUGUGUGUGUGUGAUGUUUGCACUUCCAUCAUUGUACAUUAGCAUUUCAUCUACACUCUCCCCAAGUUGCAACUGACAGGUAAUAAUACAACUUUCAAAAAAGUAAAAGGACACUUAAUAGAUUGAAAAUAUAGGUAAACAUAAAUUCAGGAUGUCUCUAGAUCCUUUAGACACAUUAUUAAACUAAGUGCUGCAGUUUUUUAACUGAUGUGAUCAUGUUUAUCGAUUGUCGUAAUGGUUUAAAAAUACAUUAGCAACCAGUUUAAAUACAUUUGAUUUUAUUUUGAAAAGCUAUGGCACUAUCUGUCAGUUGUUAGGCUCCAUGUCUCUACUUUGGACCUGGGCUUUAGUCUUUCCUGGCCUAGUAUCCAGUCCAUCUUGACCAGUUGGUCCAGUUACACAGGGGGUAGGUGGGUUGUCUUGAUGUGUUUCCAAUCUGCACCAGGUUUGAUGUCCUGCCAAAUAAACAAAGGACAAGUAUGUCUUUGUACAUCUGCACAGCACAGGUGCACUUGUACUACUACCACUUUUCCUCUCCUGUCUGUGAUUGAAUGGUCAUUAAGAUCUUAUGCCUCUUGCAGCUUCAGGCACCCAAAAACCAAGAGAAAUAGUUAUCUCCCUUUGUAAAUGAACAGGAAUUGUCCUCAAAGUUAAGAAAAAAGGAAAAUAUCUAACAUGCUGGUGGCUAAUUUUAAACAGAAAAUGUAUGCUUUUGUCACUGUCCAAGGCCAGGUAUUUCUACACUGUUCCCAAUCUUGUGCUUCUUCCUCAUUCUCAUCUUUAACCCCUUAUCUCACAUCCACUCUCUUUGCACCGCCAUCAUUUGUACUACUCUGACUCUUUCCAUCACCCAUGUAGACAUCCACUCACUCUUUCUAGCUUGAAAAACAGACUGAUGUUUCAAUGAAAGAGGGGUGAGAGACAGUGUUAGCCCUGUUCAUUCAUUCAUGUGUAUAUGGAGAUAUAUAUAUAUAUAUAUAUAUAUAUAUAUAUAGAACAUGCCAUGCAUUCUGUACAGGUAAGGUUAAUGGGAAGUCAUUGAGCUACUAUCAUGUACAGCAUGCGUAUGCAGAGCGAGCCACUUGUGUAACUCGGAGAGUUGGUUCAAAGAAAUGUUUUAUGUUGUAGAAAGUAAUGUUUGCAUGGUGUACCCCAUCAGAUGUGCUUUAUUUAUUAAAUUUGUGUUUAAAAGAAAAAAGUGAAAAUAAAAUUGACAUAAAUAAAAAUGACCUUUUUCAUGACGUGUCACAGUCAGUUAAACCUACAUAAAUUCGCACAUUUGAAGUCACCUGCUGUUGAGUUCAUCUAGCUGAGUAUUAGCAGUUUCUGCUUUUUUGGAGUGUUGCCCUGAACAAUGUCCGUUUACCUGAACCUUUAGCCACUGAGAAACUCAAAUAAAAUGAAGAAAGUUGUCAAAACAA